AUGAAGUCGACUUUCACUUCGCUCCUGGCGCUGGCCGCCGUGGCCACCGCUCUGCCAUCUCAGAUGCAGAAGCGCGCAUGCACUUCGGCUGUCACCCUGGAUGCCAGCACCAACAUCUUCGAGUCAUACACACUGCACGCCAACUCCUUCUACAGAGCCGAGGUCGAGGCUGCCGCUGCCGCCAUCACUGACAGCGCCUUGGCUGCCAAGGCCCUCGAGGUCGCUGACGUUGGUACAUUCUUGUGGCUCGACUCCAUCGCCAACAUCGAGAAGUUGACCACGGAGCUUGCCGCUGGCGUUCCUUGCGAGAACGUCUUGGGUCUCGUCAUCUACGAUUUGCCUGGCCGUGACUGUGCCGCCAAGGCAUCCAACGGUGAACUGGCUGUUGGCGAGCUCGACACCUACAAGACCCAAUACAUUGACCCCAUCGUCGAAAUCAUCAACGCCAACCCCAACACCGCCUUUGCCUUGGUUAUCGAGCCUGACUCCCUGCCUAACUUGGUGACCAACAGUGACCUCACCACAUGCCAGAACUCGGCCGCCGGCUACCGCGAGGGCGUCGCCUACGCCCUGAAGAGCCUGAACCUGCCCAACGUGGUGCAGUACCUCGAUGCGGGCCACGGCGGCUGGCUGGGCUGGGACGCGAACCUGACGCCCGGCGCGAAGGAGCUCGCCAGUGCCUACACGAGCGCCGGCUCGCCCAGCCAGUUCCGCGGCAUCUCCACCAACGUCGCCGGCUGGAACUCCUGGGACGCCGAGCCCGGCGAGUUCGCCAACGACGCCGACGGCCAGUACAACAAGGCCCAGAACGAGGAGAAGUACGUCACCCUCUUCGGCGCUGCUCUGGCUACGGCCGGCAUGCCCAACCACGCAAUCGUCGACACUGGCCGAAACGGUGUGCAAGGCCUCCGUGACGCGUGGGGUGACUGGUGCAACGUCGACGGCGCCGGGUUCGGCGUGCGGCCGACCGCGGACACUGGUGCCGAGCUCGCCGACGCGUUCGUGUGGGUCAAGCCCGGCGGCGAGUCCGACGGGACCAGCGACUCGAGCGCAACACGGUACGACUCGUUCUGCGGCCUCAGCGAUGCCUUCCAGCCUUCCCCCGAGGCGGGAACCUGGAACCAGGCUUACUUCGAGAUGCUGCUCGAGAACGCCAACCCGGCCUUCUAG